AUGGAAACCAUAAGAAGUUUAGUUGAAGACAAACCAGUAGUGAUUUUCAGCAAAAGCUCUUGCUGCAUGAGCCACUCAAUUCAAACACUGAUCUCAGGAUUCGGUGCGAAGAUGACAGUCUACGAGCUAGAUCAAUUCUCUAACGGUCAGGAGAUCGAGAAGGCAUUGGUGCAGAUGGGGUGCAAGCCCAGUGUACCAGCAGUAUUCAUAGGGCAACAGUUAAUCGGCGGUGCUAACCAGAUAAUGACUCUCCAAGUCAAGAACCAACUAGCCGCAUUGCUAAGAAGAGCCGGAGCCAUAUGGGUUUAA